UAAGAAUUUGGAAAUGGUCGAUGCCGUCCUCGCACGGCUUGCGCAGAACAGUAUGUACAUUCGAGACGACUUGACUGACAACAAGCACCAGCUGGAUGCAGACAGUGUUAUCGACCCCACGGACCGCAGCUUUGGCAUCGAAAGCAGCAACUUGCUUCAGGAAUACUACCCCAAAACACCACUCAUGGACACUCCUCACAAGCCUACCCAUGGCUUUUUCGUCCUACCGGGCGACGUCGGUGAGACGAGGCAGACGACUGCUCCUCGGAGUGUGCAGCCCCCCCGUGCACGUGCAAAGAGUGCUCAUCCAAACAAUCGGCACCAGGUCCAUGACAUUGCCGUGCAUUUGCUCGUGCCGUUCGAAACGACAUUGGAUGUCUCAAUCAACUCUAGCAACAACGCACCCCCGUUCUCACCAACCCCUCCGGCCCCUCGAAGGGCAGGGGAGCUGGCGCCCCCCGAGGGCAAACCAAAGAAACCCCCUGUUCUAGAGCCAGCCAUGAUCCCCACUCCACGGCCGCCCCUAAAGAAGCAACCGCGACCUAGCACAGGGGGGCCAACACGGCGAAUAACCAAACUUCCGGACGACGUGUUUUGGUCGUCGUCGAAAAGGAUCAAUACCCUGGACAAUCGCCGACCCCGUGCGGCCCCGCGACCGUCUCUGAAACCCCCAAACACCAAGAAAUGCACGAGGCAAACAUUGUUUGUGGACCUGGUGCAACAAGUGCGCACCGACAUGGUCGUGGAAAUUGGCGAGAACCACACCUCGAUGAGAACGCAAGCGGACUUAGCACCGCCCAGCAGGCACAUGGCACCACCUCCAAGAACUACUCUGGAGGCUCCUCCGGCGGUAGUGCCGCAGAUUCUACCAAAAAAUCCAAUGCUUCGACCAGCCAGUGCCGACGCCACACGAUUGAACCAAACCCGUUCGACGAAAAUGCUCACAAAACGUCGACGAGAACUGCACGAGUGUAUCCUUAGCCACCGUUCAACGGCGCCAAAACCUCACGACCUGCCAGUGAAAAACCUCCUGCUCAAAAUGUACUGCGUGCUCGAUGAAUACCGUGGUCACGAAGGCCAGUUUGUGAAGCGGCUCAAGCAAAAGCCCGAGAUUCCCAUGCAGAAAAAGCCAACGCACAAGCCAAGCAGGCGCAACACCGAAGCUGCCGCGGUGACGCCACGUAUUUAUUCGUCCAACCAAGAAUGCUCCAAGUGACCAAGAAGGCCGUGCAUCGGCAUCGCGUUCUGGGUUACACCUGUGUACUGUACAGUAGUUGAAGUGGAUGGCCUGGUUGUCCGGAUAAAAAAUUGGCGGAAGCAAUCGGGAUAUCAAUGCACAACUUGAA